UGGAAUUUUUUGAUCGCACAUAAUUUGAAAUAAUUGGACACCUUUCAUCUUGAGUUCAACAAUUAAGGCCUUAAACCUCAAUUGAAUUUGUAGGUAAGACAAAGAAGGUAGGUUUCUCCGCCUCAAUGUCCUCCACCAGCACAUCAUGGAACGGUGGAAGACUGGUAUUUCCUUCCGUCAUCACCAAUGAAGGAAAUGGAUAUAAUCCAAGUAACGGAAUAUUUACAGCUCCCAUCUCCGGGAUGUACGUCUUCUUCGUGAAUGUUCAGAGCUAUAGUACACAACAUAUUUAUGUAGACAUUGUGUUGAACGGAUCAACAAAAGUCAGAACCAUGGCCUAUAGUUACAAUAAUAAUGAUUCUUAUGAAUCAGGUCCAAACCUGGCGGUGCUGAACAUUCAGAAGGGAGACGCUGUGUGGAUCAAACGUCACUCUGGUUCUGGCUAUUACCACAAUGGUCCAAUUACUACCUUCUCCGGUUUUCUCAUACACAUGUAAUUAAAUUUGUAAAAGUUCAAUGUGCAUGCUAUGAACAAUGAUUAUGCAUGCUCAUUAACAAAUUAAUAACAUAUAUGGCAGUUUGAUUGAAAAUAAAACAUUUUAAUUAAGAACAUUUUUUAAACAUAUUGAUAACCUACAUGAUUCGUUUGACAAUAUUGAUUUUACAUGUAACUGUUAAAUCUGGAAAGUAAAUUAGGAGAAAUUAUUUUACUUUUGAAACAAUGUAAAUAUACAGAGUUUGAGAAU